AUGCCAGUGAAAAAAGCCAGGGGAGGAGGAGGAAAGAAAGCUAAAGAGGAUGAGGCGUCGGUAUUGCAUAUGAAUGACCGACCCAUCGAAGUGACGAUUCCGAAGACAGACCUUGCGAAAGAAACGCAAAAGCUCGACAACCAGGUGGCCAAAUGCAAAGUGGGGAUUGCCUGGGUCGAUCUUCUUGCAAUUGCAGGAAGGCUGAAGUUUGGAGUGUACAAUGACAGGCCCGAGAAUGAGACUGAAAUGAAGAGGUUAGUAGAGUGCUUCGAGAAGUAUGGUAUAGUAUCAAUGAAGGAGAUAUCCGCGAUACCGCUGAUCAUGAAGACAUUGCGUCUGAAGGAUGCGAAGAAACUCACCAAGACUUUCGAUGAACCAGAAGAGAUCGUCGAACUCGAGAUGAACAAUCUUGAUCCCAUCGUUGUUGCAUCUGGGCAACAUUGA